AUGGCACCUGCAGAAGAGAUGCCGGAGUCAGCGCUGGUGCGCACCCUUCAAGCCGCAGUCGAUCCGGAGCUGGGACUGAACAGUGAGAGUGUGACAAGUGUGGAGCAACCACGUGCUAGGCUCCAGCUGCUUACAAAGCUUUUUGCAAAGCUUUCCUCAUGUUCUCAGUCUCUUUUGGCAACGCUGCACUUCAUUGGUUUGCUCUAUUUGCUUCUGCUCGCCUGGCUGUCGUUGUACUUGCAGUUGCUAACCAAUGACGAGCUCUUUGCAAAGAUGCAAUGGUACCGUUACCUGUGCUGGGUGUCAAUUGGAGUCAAUGGCCUUGUUUUACUGGGAGAAAUUGGGUGGCGGAUUUCUUCUGGAAGAGAUCGGACAUUGCAAUGCCACAUUGCCUUGCUGGCACUCCUGAUGACGGUGCAGCUUCUAAAGGAGUUUCUGCCUGAUGGCUAUGCAGCAGCAAUCCAGCAUGUGGACUAUGCAAUGACCAUCUUGGCUGCCUUAGCCAUGCUGGCGAGGCCCUUACCGACUGGUGACACAGAGCUGACUGAUGCAAAGAAGAAACAAGACGGCAAAGCCAAGCAAAGCAAGAAAAAACAGAGCAUGCUCGAUGGAACUAUGCUUGGGCUAUUUUUGAUUUGGAAAGCCCAUCGCAUCGGAGUGGUUUGCUUCUUGCUUGUGGCGGUGUUGGAUGCGGUGGCCAUCCCAGCUACAGCGGCAGCAGUCAAGCAUUUGACGGAUGCUGUAACGAGAGGUGAUGCUGGGGCAGUGAUGUCUUCAUCAGGGGUUUACAUGGCCGUGAUUGUCAGCGCAGCACUACCCUUCGCGAUGUUGACCUAUGUAACAGCGAUCAUUCUCGCAGAAGGGCUUGUGAGACUGCAGACCAAGAUCAGUCAACGCAUGAUCUACAUGGAAUUCAACGAGUCGUCCAAGUUUUCUCAUGAAGAUUGCCAAGAUGUGUUUCGAUCAGACAUCGCACGGAUGGAGAAACUCAUGAACAUGAUGCUGAAGCAAUUAUUGGCACCUUUCGUGAAGCUGGCCAUCGCGCUGGGCUAUGUGACCUAUGUGCGAGCUGAAGUGGGAUUUUUGGCCAUGACCAUUUUUCCCUUCAUUUUCACCACUGUCCCCGACUCCAGGUCGAAGCUGGCCUCCACAGCUUUCAAAGAUGCUUCUUCGAAGGUGGGUGCGGUCUUCUCCAAUGCCUUGUCGUGCCAUUCCAUGAUUUGGCAUACCGACAGGCAGCAAGCCUGGAUGAAGCAGAUCUUUUUACCCCGCAGCUUAGAGGUGAAACGCUCGAAGCGCCACGUGGAAUUCUGGUCGGGCGUCGUGGGAGGUUACAUCACCCAGAUGCUUCAACUCUUUGUGGCCCUUCAUGUGGUGAUCUUGGCCAACAUGGCUGUUAAAGGGACUUUGACCGUGGGGGAUUUCACCGGCAUCGUGGCGCUCUUUACGCAGCUGGCCUCUCCAACAACCAAACUUGGAGCGUUCGUGAAGGAAAUUACCAAGCUGUCCGGCGCCACGCAGAGUGUGGCGGAAUUUCUGGAGACCAAAAACGAACAGCCAAAGCAAUUGCUGUGGGACUGGCAGAGGAACCUCAGCCGCAACCUCAUGAAUGGUGUGGUGUUGGAUCACCAGGAACCUGAACAGGGAGAGGUGUCUGACGUCACGGUGGCGCCUGGCUUCCGAAUCCCACAAGGAUCUUUGGUGUCCUUCACCAGUGAGGAAGGUGGCCCUAUGCCUGACUUCCUGAAGCUGUUCAAUGGCUAUGGCAGCCAUGGCCUUGAGCUACGUCCUGAGAACUACAAAGGGCCUCAAUGGCUUGCAGUGCAACGCCUGAAGAACCGCACAGCUGUCUUGUCCAAAACACCAAGCAUUCUGAUGGGCACUGUCCGAGAGAACAUUUGCUUUGGCGCCAAGGAGAUCGAUGAGGAGAAACUGCUGCAAGCUGCAAGGCUGGCUCGUCUUCAUUUGGACGAGUACGAAGUCUCUGAAGGCUCCGAGGGGCCGGAUGGUCUGAACCUCUCGACGCAGCUUGGGGAACGGCGGAGCCUGGACCCGGAGCUGGCACAACGGAUCUGCCUCGCGCGGGCCAUUUAUCGCAUGCCUUCCCUGCUGCUCUUGGACCAAGCCACUGCCGGCUGGGCACCAGAGGUGGAAGCCAAGUUCUUCAAUACCGUUCUUGCGCUGAAGCAGACCGAGGGCUUUGCACGCAUGUCCGUGAUCAACAACUCCUCCCACAUUACACAGGCCAUGGUCGACGCAGGCUUCGCUGAGAGGGUCUUCAAGAUGAAAGAUGACGAACUCGAAGUCGUGGACUGUGGGGCGACAAGAGCAGUGUGA